AUGGGCAUCUCUGGACUGUGGGAAGUCCUUGGCAAGGGCGAGGAGUAUGCAAUUGCUGAUUAUGCGGCGGCUCACUGGAAACGGCACAAGCGGCCGCUAAGGAUUGCAGUCGAUGAAGCCUGCUGGAGAUUCGGUAAUCUUUCUGAUGAACAAGUCGCCAGAAUUCGCGAGGGCGAACCAGCAGCCAAUCCCAUCGAGAAGACCAUUUUGUCGCGGAUCCUCAAAUUAUGGAGAAUGAAUAUCCAGCUGUUGUUCAUCACAGACGGCAUGACGAAGCCGGGCAAGAAGCGCUGGAACAAGAAGUUCGGUGGUGGCCGUGGAGGCAGCAAAGUCGACAAGGCAGUCAUCGAGAUGCUCCACAAGAUGUUCGACCGGCUGCAUGUUCCGUACCACAGAGCUCCCGGUGAAGCUGAAGCAGAGUGUUCUCGUCUACAGGAGCUUGGUGUUGUUGAUGCCGUAUGGAGUGAUGACGGGGAUUGCUUGAUGUUCGGCUGCACAACGUUGAUCAAAGCAGACAGGAAUAUGUCUGGCCAAAAGGACUGGGAUCGUAUUCAAGUGUACAGGGCUGAGGCAGUAUUACCCAAGUUCGACUUCGACACUGACAGCCUGGUCAUGUUCGCGGUCGUGGCUGGUGGUGAUUACGAUGAUAAAUGUCUUCCAGGAUGCGGACAUCAGAAAGCGAGGAGGUUGUGCCAGCGGGGCGUUGGCCUUGCUCGGGCAUUGAGGCGAUGUGAAAGCAAGAAUGACUUUGCCGCUUGGCGAGACCAGCUUGCCAACAAACUUCGGGAGAAAGACUAUGGAGUCACUGUACCUCCAGACUUUCCCUAUGUGAAGGCACUUGACGGUUAUCGAAAUCCUGCCAUUUCAACAGAGGAAAGAUGUCGAAACCUCCGAGGGCUUCACGUUAAGGACGGAGGCUGGGAAUGGUGGGAAAAUCAGAUKGACCAGACUAAACUGCGAGUUGUGCUGCGCUCCCACUACAACUUCCAGACGAGAGAGUAUCUGAAGCAUCUUGGGUCAGUGUUUCUGGCCCGAGCGCUCACUCGGAACGUCACCCCCGCUCGACAGCAAGAGAACCUCUCCUGUGGAGUCACUCUGAGACGCACACAGAACAGAAAGGAUGCGAAUGGUGUGGACAUAGGUCAGCCCGCUGAAGUCAACAUCAAGUUCAAUCCUGCAAUGCUUGUACAGAUCAAUCUAGCAGUUCAGCCUCCGGAAGAAGACUGGAGCUGUACUGUCAAGAAUGACGGUAUCCAGUAUGAUCCAACGAAGCCGAUUGAUGGGGUGAUAAUGAGCUGCUUUCUUAAGCAUGGCCUACCUGAAGGUGCCCUUGAUAAAUCCACGCCAUCACCAAAGAAGAAAGGUCGGAAGUCGAAAGCUGACGCAGUCGAUGAUCUUGCAUCAAGUCAAGCUGGACCGUCCACGUCCCAGCAGAGCCCGCUUGCACGGAAGCCGAAGACUGCUUCAAGUUCUACACCUACUGGCCUUGACACCGAAGGCGGGAAAAGUGAACCUAGAGCGUCGCAGGACAAGGCUACCAAGAAGCGCAAAGCACGCUCGGAAGUCGAAGGAGGAUCCGGCAAGCCCGUGAAGAAGUCGAGGAAGUCCAAGACUGCCGAGAAGGUACCAUCGCUCAGUCCUCCUCCAGCAACCUUCAAAAGGCUAGAGAUACCAAAUCUUGUUACCAAAAGGCACAAAGAUUCCGUUGGCAAAGCAGUGCCAGCUUGCGGUCUAGUCAUCGAUCUGGACGAUGACUCGGACAACGACGGUAAUGUGAAGACGCAUUCGAAGCAUAACAGAUCAGGCAUGCCCACAUCUCCACAUUCUCGCUGGAUUCCUGGUGUUGAGGUCAGGUCCUCUCAGGCUACAACUACCWAGUCGCCCAUGCCCGUCGAAGCUGCACCGACUUGGUCUUUGCCGCCGGCGAAUACGCAAGACAACAAUUCUGCGUCACAAGCCUUUCAAGCAAUUCCCCACACAGCCUGUCCCGCGCCAUCGCCAGUGUCGUCCAUUGCCCCACUAGCGUCAGCAGCGGAGCGGCCUGCCUUGCCAGCAUCGCCUGCCAUGGAGGAUCUAGACCAGACUGUCACUCCUUCUGCAGCAGUAUUGCGGCAGCGAAGGGAGGCUGGUCUACUCAGCAAGCUAUCUCAGCCUGCAGCUGCGGUCAAGCAGACUUUGAGAAAGUCAGCUUCGCCUCCGAAAGCGUCAUAUCACGAGAUGAUUGAUCUGACAUAA